AUGCGUGCCGUGUCGAUCUUUUCCUUGCUCGCCUUGAGCUCCUUCGCCGCCGCGGCUGGGGUUGAGUCUCGCUCUUCAUCCUCUGAGUCGUACAGUCUUUAUGCGUAUGGCGACGGCGUCGGGGGACUCCCACUGUACUACAGCGAAGGUAACGCAGUCGUCGGCAAGAAUGCUCCUGCAAAUGCCACCGAAGUGACAUUCUCCCCUUCCUCGUCUGGAGGUUCGAUGGUCGGAAACCCAGCCAAUAGCACCAGCACCAAGAGUUCUUUCUCGGAUCAGGAGCUCUUUGUUCCAAGUUCAGACUCGACUAGUACCCAAGUUGGCUUUACCAGCAACUCAACUGCUACCGACGAUGAAGUAACGAACAAAUUUGUUUGGUAUGGCCAUUUCCUGCUGGUUGAAGAGGAGAGUGGCGAGUACACGUCACUGUUCUAUGUCAAGAAGACAAGUAAUGAAGACGUUUAUUCCCUGCAGUGGAAUGUCACGGACGAGGACGAUGGCGAGUUUAUUUCUGUGUCGAUGAGAUCGAUCGCGCCGUCGAAUGCAUGA